UGGACGCGCAGCAGCCGCCCGACAGACCGUUCUCGGCGCCAGGGACAGCUUGACGUGGCUGAAGACAUAUACAUCCUACUGUAUAGAGAAGUCCUUGCCAUCUUGCUGUGUGACUCCCCAGAGUUGUGUGCUAGAGUGGAAGCCACCUCCCCACUGACUUGAGAGAGGCGAAGUGACAGAAACCAGGAGAUGGUGGGAAAAGCAGUUGUUCCAGGUGUCUCCCAGUGACAAGAGUCAGCACCACGCAGCUGGCCCUCAGAAACAGCAGCAAAUCCACUGCAGAGUAACAGCCCACCCUACCUACACAGUGGGACCCAUCAACCUUGCUGUGGGUCUGAAGACAGACAGGUAGUGUCUAGUGCUUGCUACUGGGUGAAGAGACAAGGCAUUUGGUCCACAAGGCUUUGAGCUGCUUGGAGACCAAGUGAAAAGCAUAUCCUGGGACAAUGGCAGUGGCCUUGCUGGAGGAGUGGUGCAAGAUUAUGGGUGUAGAUGUCCAGAAGUCACUGUUGGUGAUUGGCAUUCCCAUGGACUGUGGUGAGCCUGAGAUCCAGACAGUCCUCCAGGAGGCGCUGAAGUGUGUCAGCAGCUACCGGCUACUAGGCAAGAUAUUCCAGAAGCAAGACAACACCAGUGCUGUCUUACUAGAACUUAUGGAGGACACGGAUAUGUCUGUGGUCCCCAGUGAGGUGCAGGGAAAGGGGGGUGUCUGGAAAGUGAUCUUCAAGACCCCUAAUCAGGACACUGAGUUUCUCCAAAGACUGAACCUCUUUCUAGAAAAAGAAGGGCAGACGGUCGCAGGGAUGUUCCGAGCCCUCAAGCAUGAGGGAGUGUCUCCAGCUACCACACCCUGCACAUCCCCUGAGUUACUGGCCCACUUGGUGGGGCAGGCAAUGGUUCAUGCCCAGAGGCCUCUGUUGCCUGUGAGGUACUGUAAGCUGAGAGUAUUCUCUGGGAGCACAGUAGCUGCCCCAGAGGAGGAGCCCUUUGAGGUCUGGUUGGAACAGGCCACUGAGAUAGCCAAAGAGUGGCCCAUCCCUGAGGAAGAAAAGAAAAGGUGGGUGACGGAGAGCCUCCGUGGCCCUGCCCUGGACCUCAUGCACAUAGUACAGGCAGACAACCCUUCCAUCAGUGCGGAAGGAUGUCUGGAGGCCUUCAAACAGGUGUUUGGGAGCAUGGAGAGUCGUAGAACUUCACAGGUAAAAUAUCUGAAAACUUAUCAGCAAGAAGGAGAGAAAAUCUCAGCCUAUGUGCUCCGGUUGGAAACUCUGCUCCGGAGAGCUGUGGAAAAAAGGGCCAUCCCCCGGAACAUUGCUGACCAGGUACGCCUGGAGCAGGUCAUGGCUGGAGCCAACCUUAGCAAUGUUCUGUGGUGCAGGCUACGGGAACUGAAGGAUCAUGGCCCGCUACCCACCUUUCUGCAGCUGAUGAAGGUGAUACGUGAGGAAGAAGAAGAAGAGGCCUACUUUGAACAUGAGAGCAGGGAGGAGCCUGGCGAAAGGGAGGGCUCUGGCCGUUGGGACAGUUCGAGGAACAGCUGAGAGACAUCCCCACUCCGUCCUGAUCUGGUGGGCAUAGGGAUAACACUUGACAAGGCUAAUCCCAUUUCAGUGGACUCUUCUUAAAGUGCCAAACUGAAGUCAAACAUUAGGACCGAAGGUUUUCUUGUUUAUCUUUUUUUCUUUUGUUUUGUUUUGAUAGGGUCUCACCUUAUAGCUCAGGCUAGCCUUCAGCUGGCAGUCCUCCUGCCUUAGCCUCCCAAGUUCGGAGUUCUGAGAUUAGAGGAAUAUA